AUGGAAGUAUUAGCAUCAGAGAUAUCAUCAAAUGAAAAAUCAGCUUUUACAGAGGAAGAAGAUGAUUAUUAUGAAUUUUCAGACUCUGAAACAGAUUCUUUAGAUUAUAACCUUGAAGAUUCAUCAAAUGACGAGAAUAGUGGGGAUGGUGAUGGUGAUGGUGGUGUUGUAGAAAGUGAUGAUAAUAAAAAUUUAAAACGUAGAAAAAGAUCAAAAAGACCAACAACAUUAGGAGAAUCAAAUAAAGAUGGUGAAACAGCCAAUUCAGUAUCGAUUUCAGCAGGUACAUCAAAAUCAAACAUUUCAUCACCAUUAGUUGAUGGUGCUGACAUUUUAUCAAAACCAAAUAGUAGCCCAACAAGUAGUAGUUUAAGUGGUAGUAAUAGUGCAAAUGGUUUCUUAUCAGAUGAUGAUGAUUUAUUAUUAAAUGGUAAUGAGCAAUUAAAUGAAAACCACAAUACUAAUUCAACCAAUGGUGCUACCAAUAAUAACAACAACAAUAACAACAACAGUGGCAGCAAUAGUCCAUCACAUCAACAAUCAUCAGAAUUACCAUUAUUAAAUUUAUUUCAAAAGUUUUUAAAUAGAGAAGCAAUUAAAGUUUUACAACAAAGACAUUCAGCAAUUAAUAAUAGAUUACAAAGAUUAAAGAAAGUAGUUGAUCCAAAGAAAUUACGUGAAAGAGGUAAAAUCUUAAAAAAUGAAAAAGAGAAAAUUAAGUCAUUAAUUAAAUUAAAGAAAGUUCAAUUAGAUGAUCAUAUGAAUGCGCCACCAUUUAUUAGAUUAUUAGAUAAAUGUGCAUUUACAAUGGGAUUAAUAAUUUUAAUGGUAUCAGAAUUUGUUUUAUUAAAAUCACCACAAUUAUUUUAUUUAUGGUACACAGUAUUAAUAUUUCCAUUGAUGGCAAUUAGAUUUGUAAUGUAUCAUCGUGAGAAAUAUCAUUAUUUCAUGUUGGAUUUCUGUUAUCUUUGUCAAAUAUUGCUAUUGUUUUAUUUGUUUGGUCAUCAAUAUAUUUUAGGAGAAAAGGUUACACCAAAUUUAUUCAAAUUGGUAUUUGCACUAAGUAAUGGUCCAUUGGCAUGGGGUACAAUCGUAUGGAGAAAUAGUUUAGUAUUCCAUGAUGUUGACAAGUUGACAUCGGUUUUCAUUCAUCUUUGUCCACCAAUUGUAACCUAUUGUUUGCGUUGGUUCCCAAACGUUUAUCCAGAGCAAUUGGCAUGUGGUGGUGUAGAGUGUGUUUUAUCCUUUAAAGAGAUUUUCUUUGUUCCAUUCAUGGUGUAUGCAUUUUGGCAAGUCUUUUACUACAUUAAAACUGAGGUGGUCGAUAGUGACAAAUUAGCCAAUGACAAGGAAAUAAUGACCUCUUCAAGAUGGAUGUCUGUAAAACAACCCCACCCAAUCUAUAGAUGGUGUCAAAAGAAUGGUUACAACGUUAGUCCUGUGGUUAUUUUAAUUUUAGUUCAAAUGCUUUACACUUUGGCCACUUGUAUCUCUUUACCUUUCUUAAUUCAAUCAUUUUGGUUACACACUGUCUUUAUGAUUUACAUCUUUGUCACAAUCUCUUGGAAUGGUGCCUCUUAUUAUUUCGAAGUUUUCUCUGAAAACUAUAGUUCACGUUUAAAUAGUGAAUUCAAACAUAAACACAACAAAGAUCAACCUUUAAAAAUUACUUCAAUCAAAGCUUUCUUAAAAUUUUUAGCUUUAUUCUUAACUUCUUUAAUAGUUUAUUUGAAAUUAAUUUUAUAA